CCACUGCAGCACGGGGGGAGCAGCCCUGGAGCUGGGCUUGCCCAGCUCACAGCUCUGCACACCCGCCGGCUCUGUCCGUCCGUCCGUCCGUCCAUCCAUCUGUCCGCAGGAGGCAGUGGGAACGCAGCCCGGCACCAUGUGUACACGGGGGCUACCGGGGCUGGUGCUGCUGGUGGUAGCGGUCACCUCCCUGCCUGGCCUGCGUCCUGCCGCCCCUCCGUCCCUGAGGAGCGCUGUGGGCAGUCCUGCUGCGUGCCGCCUGUCCCGGGCCGAGGCCGAGCUCAGGUGCCGCGUCCCCGGGGGGCAGCUGUGCAGCGGCAGGGGCAGGUGUGACUGUGGGGUCUGCAUCUGCCAAGUGACGGAGGCUGGAAAAUACUACGGUCCGCUGUGCGAGUGCCAUGACUGGGUGUGCGAGACCUACGAUGGGAAGAUCUGUGCAGGCCAUGGGAAGUGUGACUGUGGGAAGUGCAAAUGUGAUGAAGGCUGGUAUGGUGAAGCUUGUCAGUAUCCAACUUCUUGCAAUCUUACACGGAAGAAAAGCAAUGAAAUGUGUAAGAAUUCUCAAGAUAUCAUCUGUUCUGGUGCAGGCACAUGUCAGUGUGGCAGGUGUAAAUGUGCAAGCUCAGAAGGAAAUGGACUGGUCUAUGGUAAAUUUUGUGAAUGCGAUGACAGAGAAUGCAUAGAUGAUGAGACGGAAGAGAUUUGUACAGGCCAUGGAAAGUGUUACUGUGGAAACUGUUACUGUGAGGCUGGUUGGCAUGGAGAUAAAUGUGAAUUCCAGUGUGACAUCACCCCUUGGGAGAUCAAGAAAAGAUGCACAUCUCCAGAUGGCAAAAUCUGCAGCAACAGAGGCACAUGUGUAUGUGGGGAAUGUACAUGCCAUGACGUGGACCCAACCGGUGACUGGGGAGAUAUACAUGGAGAUACGUGUGAGUGUGAUGAAAGAAACUGCAAAGCAGUGUAUGAUAGAUAUUCUGAUGACUUCUGCUCAGGUCACGGACAAUGUAAUUGUGGAAGGUGUGACUGUAAAGAAGGAUGGACUGGGAAGAAGUGUGAACAUCCACGGUCUUGUCCAUUGUCAGCUGAGGAAAGUGCUAAGAAAUGCCAAGGAAAUUCUAAUUUACCUUGCUCUGGAAGAGGGAAAUGUGAAUGUGGCCAAUGCACUUGUUUCCCUCCAGGAGACAACAGAGUUCAUGGUAAAACUUGUGAAUGUGAUGAUCGGCAGUGUGAAAGUGCAGAUGGUGAAGUCUGUGGGGGUCAUGGCAUCUGUUCCUGCGGCCGAUGCAUUUGCCAGAAUGGGUGGUUUGGGAAGUUGUGCCAGCAUUCAAGGAAGUGCAACAUGACAGAAGAGGAGAGCAGAAGUCUCUGCGAGUCAGAGGAUGGUGUAUUAUGCUCGGGGAAGGGUUCCUGCCACUGUGGAAAGUGCAUCUGUUCACCACAGGAAUGGUACAUUUCGGGCGAUUUCUGUGAAUGUGAUGACAGAGACUGCGACAAACAUGAUGGUCUCAUUUGCACAGGCAAUGGUAUUUGUAACUGUGGAAACUGCGAAUGCUGGGAAGGAUGGAAUGGAAAUGCUUGUGAAAUCUGGCUGGGAACAGAAUACCCUUAACAAAGGACACCAGAGACUUAGAGAUCCAGAAGAAGCAGUAAAGAAGCUUAUCAGAACAUUAUUUUUUUAGUCUAAGAAUUGUAUUUGUAUAACUGAUGUUCAGUUACAUGACAACCACAGGCUGAAAACCCAAAAUGUUUGAAGAAACCAUUGUCUGCAAAAGAACUUCUUAGUUUCUGUUAAAGUGUCAUAAGUUGGUUAUCCAGUCUACAUACUACAAUACUUUCAAAUGCAUAACCUAUAUAAGUAUAAGGAAUUAAACUAAUAAAGAAAUAAAUGUAUGAUUAGCUAUUCCAAAUAUAUAACCUGCAACUCACAUGUACUUUUCUCAUACUGUUUUAUGUAUGUAUAACUGCCUAGUCCUUUUGAAAGUAAAGCAAAUGAAAUUUUAUUAUACUAAUAACUUUUAGGAUGACAAUUCUGUAUGCUAUUAGAAAUCACUGCUUGGAACAGAUUGCGCUGUCACACACAGUAAUCAUUGAAUUUCACUGUUUUCAAAGAAGUUGGGAGCCUGAAGGUCAACUGACUUGCAAAAUCAGAUGUGGUGUGCGGUAGUCAGGUCUCCACCAAAGAUGCUCAAACAAUGACAACAAAGUAAUUGAAGUUUUGAUACAGUAAAUACAAACAAAGCAGUGGUAUGAACAAAAAUUUUAUUUUUAUUUUCCAAUGAUGAUAUGCUCAGUGUGAAAUUCACAUUGAGUUAUGAACAAUGCACAACUAUUGGGACUUCCCUAACUUAUUUACAUAUGAGUCUCUUUUUUUUUUUUCUUUUUUUUUUUUUUUUUAAAUACAUGUAGAUUUGGCAGCCCUUUAAUUUCUUAGAGCAAAAAAAUACAUACAUUUUAGUUUCAAAAGUGUUUACAUUUUGUGAAGUCAUGAUUGAGCAAGAAAUUGCUUAAAUGUUUUGCAAAUACUUCUUUUUAAUAUCAAAUUGACAUUGUGGUUUAGGUGCCAAGGUCCUGAUUUUUGAAGAGAUAUAUGACUAAUAAUAAGGGAACUAUAAUAUCAUUUGAAAAAGGUAUUUCCAUUAUUCAUCUCAAAAUCUGUUUUCUUUUAGAAAGGACAAUUUUGAAAUAGGAAAAUACAAUGGUACAGAACAUAUAAUAAAAUGCAAAAAAAAAAAAAAAAAAAAAAGGAAUUUAUUUAGUCACUUUCAUUAUUCCCCCUUCACAUGUAGCUUUAUCUUUCCCAUUUUUUUCCUUAACCCAAAUUCUUUCUUUCUAAAAGUGAAGCUUGUGAAACCUAUGUUCUCAGGGAGGCAUAGUAAUAUCACCAAAUAACCAUACAUAACUUACAUAGGAGUUAUGCACAUAAAUAACAAGACAUGUAUCCCAAAGCUGCUAACUGCUCUCUUUUUAGAUAACCAAAAUAUCAGGCAGAGUUCUAAAAUGUAUUGAUACAGUAUUAAGAAACUUCAAAGUAAAAUUCAUCUUGAAAUAAUUAUUUAUAUUUUAUACUUAUAAUCCUUAAACUGCUUAACAGGAAUAUUUUCUUAAGUUCUAACAUAUAUUCAUUUUGUCAGCCCUGGUAUCUAGAUAACACAGAUUGUUGAGUUUGUUUGUAUUUAUGAAUACUGCUGACAAUCCUCUUAGUGUUUUUUCACAUAUACAUUUUUCUUCUGAGUCAGAGAGCAAACAAUGAAAAAUACAAAGUUGUAUUUGAUUUCCUUCCGUUUGUAUUUAGUAUUGUAAUAACAGAAAUAUUCUGUGAUUCUGUAAUAAUCAAAUGCUUUCUAGAUUCA